AUGGUUCAGGUGAGAUCUCUCCUCCUGCUCGCUUUGGCUGUCCUGCUGGUCAGAGCUCAGAACCAGACUGAGAUCAGGUAUGAAGACAUCAUCUCAGUUGCUUUGCCUCAGCUGCUUCCUGGUGAAGAGAAGGCUUUCAGUCCAAUUCUGAACCAGCUCGAAGUCGAGACUGUGAGUAUUCUGACAGUAUGAACGUUUCCUUCCUCUUAUUUACACAGUGCUGAUGUUUUAUUUAAUAUUUUUCUUUCAGUCAAGUCAAGGGAUAAUUGUCUAUUUAAUAUGCACCAUCAUGUACACAUUUUCCAAGCCUUUUUUUGUGAAAAAGAAAUAGACUCAAUGUGAAGAAAUGACAAUUGAAUGAAAUGACAAUACUAUAAGUCCCAUUAUUGUCUUUGUCUCUCUGAUCCCAGUUGAAUACAGAGGAUGUGGACCAGUCUGAGGUGUCUGUAAGGCUGACCUUCCCCAUGCAGGAGACUUUCUGCAGUAAAGCACAGGGGCAGCUAGGCAAACCAUGCCCUCUGAAGACAAAUGGGGUAAGAACAAUUGGAUUUUACAGUAUUGUGGGGGAAUAAUAAUCAUGGGAAGCAGGAAAUGACAAAUAAUAUGCUGAGGUUAGCAAAUGGCUAACUGUCAAUUACUCCUUCCUCUAGAAACUAAUGACGUGCAGCAUGAAGGUCAGACAUCCGAUUCUGGAGGCUAGCAACAACGUCAACACUGAACUGUCUGAAAUUUCUUGUGAAUACAUGGAGGCAGAAGAUGCUGUGCAGGUACUGAGCAAUGCAAGUUAUUUCUCAACACCUCCCUACCUACAUUAGUUAGGAUGUAAUGAUAAAAGUAGCCUAACAGUGUCAGAAAAGUUGAUCUGAAAUAAAAAAAAUGCAGAUUUGAAAAGUGCAUUGUCUGCUUAUGAAGGUUGAACUUCAUGCUUCUUGAGAAAGUAAACAUGCACCUUGUUUUCCAGAUUAUUCUUGUCUAAUUAUUCAGUUUUUUCACGCAAAAAAAUGUAAUUAAUAUUUUUCAUGAUUGCAGAAGAAGAUUCGGACAAGAAGAAGCAAAGCCAGCAGAUGCUCCAGAGGCAAAGGUUGCAAGUUGCGCAGCAAUGGUCGUCCUGGGAGUGGCUUCUCCAUCCGU